UGUAAACUAACGCUCCAGCAGCCAGUGCGCUGCGAGCAGCGGCGGUGACAUCACGCGUCUGCAGCGCUGACGAGCGGACAGCAAGCGUUGAAAUGACAGCGAGAGCGCAGCAGCCAUUAGCGCGGCACCGCAAUUUUAGGCCCGUCUGUACACAGAUGUUGCUGCGUAAUUACCUCUAAUCCAGCUGUGGGCACCUCGUUGAUCCUAUAAACGGGCAACCGGCGCGUUCAAUUCGUGAUGGUGUCGCUGCAGAACUACAAUGAAAACUGGCCCUUAACAUCCACCGUACAUUUACAUAAUAUGCAAUAAUCUACACGUGAAACCGCUCCCCAAAGCGACGAAGAUGGGAUGCAUCAGGGCUUGUCUGCAGAAAAUGAGACUCACGGUGAAGCUGGAGCGGUUCAGACAGCUGGGGCGACAGUAUCCGGUCUUCUGCUUUCUGCUGCUGGUCCUGCUGCUGUCCACUGUGCUUUUAAACAGAUAUAUACACAUUAUGAUGGUGUUUUGGUCCUUUCUGGCCGGAGUUGUCACUUUCUACUGCUCUUUGGGGCCCGAGUCUCUGCUGCCCAAUGUCUUGGUCUCCAUCAAACCAAAAACCAAGUUAUACCAACAGGAGCUGUUUCCACUGGGCCACAGCUGUGCUGUUUGUGGAAAAAUCAAAUGCAAAAGGCAUAGACCGACUUUAUUACUUGAAAACUAUCAACCAUGGCUUGACCUGAAAGUUCCUUCUAAGGUGGAUGCUUCUCUUUCAGAGAUUCUGGAGCUGGUUCUGGAAAAUUUUGUGUAUCCUUGGUAUAGAGACAUCACGGAUGAUGAAGCGUUUGUUGACGAACUCAGAGAGACUUUGCGCUUCUUUGCGGCUGUCUUGGUCCGCCGAACCCAGAAGGUGGAAGUGGCAUCCCUCAUCACACAAAAGCUUCUUAAAGUUUCCAUGAAGCACAUUGAAAUAAUAGGCAAAGCAAGACAGAAAGUAAAGAACGCAGAGUAUCUUCAGCAAGCUGCCCUGGAGGAAUACGGCCCCGACCUCCACGUCGCCCUUCGCAGUCGCAGAGAUGAGUUCCUCUACCUCAGGAAUCUGACUGAGAUGCUCUUCCCCUACAUUCUGCCACCCAAGGCUACAGACUGCAGAUCUCUUACUCUCCUGAUAAGAGAAGUAUUGGCUGGUUCUGUCUUCCUUCCUUCAAUGGACUACUUGGCUGAUCCUGACACAGUGAAUCAUUUACUUUUAAUAUUCAUCGACAACUCCCCUCCCGAAGAAGCCACAGAGCCCACUUCAACGUUGGUUCCUUUCCUGCAAAAGUACUCUGAUAUUCGCAGCAAAAAGCCCUCUGUGCUGAAGUUGGAGUUGAAGGAAAUCAGAGAGCAGCAAGACCUUCUCUUCCGUUUUAUGAACUUCCUGAAGCAAGAAGGGGCUGUUCAUGUGCUCCAGUUCUGUCUUGCAGUCGAGGAAUUCAACGACAGGAUACUAUGCCCUGAGCUGUCUGACACCGAGAAGAUGAUGCUUCAUGAGGAGGUGAAGAAGAUCUAUGAGACGUACUGUUUGGACGAGAGCGUUGACAAGAUCCGCUUCGACCCCUUCAUAGUGGAAGAAAUACGAAACAUUGCAGAGGGCCCAUAUGCAGAGGUGGUGAAACUGCAGACCAUGAGGUGUUUGUUCGAGGCCUAUGAGCACGUCCUGUCCCUCCUGGAGAAGGUUUUCACUCCCAUGUUCUGUCACAGUGAUGAGUACUUCCGCCAGCUUCUGAGAGGGGCGGAGUCUCCUGCCAGGAAUUCCAGGAUGAGCAGUUCCUGGGACUGGAGCCCCGAGUCCCCGUCCUCCCUGUUCACCGCCUCUGGCAGCUCUUCACCUGCAUCCUAUAACUCUCUCCAUGCCCAGCCCACGUUUACAACUUUCCCAUACGGCUCGCUAUCCCACCGCCACUCAUCACCCAAGAACACAUCAAAGAGGGGCGAGUCCUUUGGGAUCAGCCGUAUUGGCAGUAAGAUCAAAGGAGUGUUCAAGAGCACAACAAUGGAGGGAGCCAUGCUGCCAUCCUAUGGGCCGGUGGAGGGAGAGGACGAUAUGGUGGAGGAAGCCAUAAUGGUGCUGGAGGAUGACUCCCCAGUGGAGGCGGCCUCCACCCCGAGCACCCCCCGAAACCUCUCAGCCUGGAACAUCACCAUCCCGUACAUUGAUUUCUAUGACGACGAUGUGAAGAGGGAGAGGAUUCCUGUGUUCUGCAUCGAUGUAGAACGCAAUGACCGGAAGGCAGUGGGACAUGAGACUGAGCACUGGUCCGUGUACAGAAGAUAUCUGGAGUUCUAUGUCUUUGAAUCAAAGCUCACUGAGUUUCACGGCUCAUUUCCAGAUGCGCAGUUGCCUUCGAAGAGAAUCAUCGGUCCCAAGAAUUACGAGUUCCUCACAUCGAAGCGGGAGGAGUUUCAGGAGUACCUUCAGAAACUUCUGCAGCAUCCGGAGCUGAGUAACAGUCAGCUCCUCGCCGACUUCCUGUCCCCUUAUAGUAUGGAGUCUCAGUUCCUGGACAAGAUGUUACCGGAUGUGAACCUGGGGAAAAUCAUUAAGUCAGUUCCCAGCAAACUGAUAAAAGAGAAAGGGCAGCAUCUGGAGCCUUUCAUCCAGUCCUUCUUCAACUCCUGUGAAUCUCCCAAACCCAAACCGAGCCGCCCUGAGCUCACAAUCCUGAGCCCCACCUCGGAAAAUGAUAAAAAGCUCUUCAACGACCUCUUCAAAAACAACGCCAACCGAUCAGAGAUGACAGAGAAGAGACACAAUCAGAACUAUUUCAUGGAAAUGAUCACGGUUGAAGGGCUGUAUGACUACUUAAUGUUUUUGGCCCGAGUCGUCUUCCACGUUCCCGACUGGCUGCACCACCUGCUGAUGGCUGGCCGGAUCCUGUUCAAGAACACACUGGAGGCCUACACAGAUCACUACCUUCAGCACAAACUAAACAAAGUGGUCCAGGAACACCGGCUAGUCUCGCUCAUCACCCUGCUGAGAGACACUGUGUUCUGUGAGAGCAGUCUAGCCCGCUCGCCUCAAGACAAGCAGAGGAGGGCCAAGAAGACAUUUGAGGAGAUGAAGACCUACAUUCCAGACAUUCUGGGGAAAUGUAUUGGAGAAGAAUCCAAGUAUGAAGGGGUGCGUCUUCUGUUUGACGGACUGCAACAGCCAGUUCUCAACAAACAGGUGGAGUAUUCCUUUAAUGCUCUAUAUCCCCUCUCUGCUUUUGGCCUUCCUCAGCUGACAUAUGUGCUGUUGGACAUCGCCAUUCAAGAACUUUUCCCUGAACUAAACAAGCAGGUACAGAAGGAGGCCGCUGUGAUGCCUCCAUGGAUGUAAAAUGCACUUCAAUGGACAUGAGCUGACAUGCUUUCUAGGAAUAAAACAAAGCAUGAAACGCCUGAAGAGACUUGUGUUGGUUUGGUUCCCUGAAACUAACACAGAUCAUAUGUACUGUAUCUGACUUGGAACACAAGGCAUCUCCUGCUGUAUGUAUCAUUUAUUUCUGCAAAAUAAAUGAUAGAAAUAAAUGACACAACGGUGUAAAGCCUUAACUAUCAACGCCAACAGUGUAAAGUGUGUAUCUGUUUCACAGAGUACACUUUAAAUGAGUUAAUGUGAUAUCCUGUUGAGCACAUUGUGGUAUUGCCACAGAUGUGAACUGCCAUAAAAUGAUCACCUCACAUUAUAGCUUCUAACACCUCUCGUUUGAAAAAGGGUGAACAUAAUUCCACUCACAAUGUUUUGAAAGGUCAAUACUCUAUUAAGCCCUGAUUGCGCUAUUAUUGGGAGAUAAGAGACAUUUACAACAAUCUUCCUUCGAUUCCCAUUUUCAAUUUAUUUUAACAGUCUAACAAAAGAACUUGAAAGACUUUGACUUGAAUGUGUCGUAUCUUUUAAAC